CAAUAGGAGAAAGACUUUUUGCACGUUCAUAUUUGUAACGAUGCAGAAGGAUGACAUACCGGAGCAAUACGCUUCAACAGAUUACGUUCCAGUCACUCUGUCUAGGCCAGAAUGCAUGUACACUAGCUGCUACUGUGAGGAAAACGUUUGGAAGCUGUGUGAACAUGUCAAAAUUCAGAACGAAGGCACCUUCGACCACAUUUACGCAGUUUUCAUAUCCAACGAAAGGAGAAUGAUCCCUAUUUGGAGACAGAAAUCGAGCCGCGGAAACCAGCCAGUAAUUUGGGAUUAUCAUGUUAUUCUACUACACAAAAGCCCCACGGAGCAAAGCUUUAUUUAUGACUUAGACACCACCCUUCCCUUUCCCUGUCAAUUUGAUGUUUAUGUGAAAGAAGCCUUCCAGUCAGAGGAGUUUUUAAAGCCAGCUUUCUGGAGGAAAUUCAGAGUUAUUCCUGCAGACACAUACCUGAAGAAGUUUGCUUCUGAUCGGUCACAUAUGAAAGAUGCCACUGGGGCUUGGCGAAUGCCUCCACCUCCAUACCCCUGUAUAGAAACAGCAGAAUCAAAGAUGAACCUUGAUGACUUCAUCUGCAUGGACUCCCAUGUGGGAUGUGGAAAUGUCUACACUCUAACUGAAUUUGUUCACCAGUUUGGGAAGAUGUAAAGAACCCUGGAGGUCUUUCAACAGAUGUCAGUUUGAGCAGCACUACACACACGAAGGACAAGCACUACCAAGUACAUACUGGAGCGUGGUGUACUAGGGAAACUAAAUGGUCUGAAGCUUGACCCAAAUCAAGCACAUCAAGCAUUUCUCAGUCCAUGAUUUUCCUUGUUAUGCAUAUACAGAUUAUAUUGAAUGUAGAAUUGAUCAAGCACAACAAAGCCAUUUCCCAGCCAGUUACAGUGUAAUUAAUGUUAAAUAUUGCUGGGACACGGUAUUCAGAGAUUCUGAAAAGCAUUAAAUGUAUGUCACAAUGUUUCAGCUGGAACUAUAGAAUUUCUUCGCUAAUGUUUUAGGGGAAACGUAUCAAGAGAAGGAAAUAAGAGAAAUGAUCCAGCAUCAACACAAAACGCAUAUUGUAAUCACCUGCAUUUAUUGGUAUGUUUCUACAGAGGUAAGAAGGGACAGAAUUACAAAUAAUAAAAAUGCCGUUCAGCUGAAAA